AUGAUUGGUGUAACUGGUACAAAUGGUAAAACAACUGUAACACAUAUGAUUGAAAAAGUUUUAUCAGAUGCUAAAGUGACAGUCGGUCUGAUAGGCUCGCUUGGUUAUAGAUGUCACGAUCAUGAAAGAAACACAAAUGAAUAUAUGAAGACAGAUUGUACAACACCAUAUGCAUGGCUAUUACAAACAAUAUUGAACGAAAUGAAAAAUAAAUAUCAUAUAGAAAAUGUUGUCAUGGAAGUUAGUUCUUAUGGAUUGGCAGUAGAACGCGUUUAUGGAUGUGAAUUUAGUGUUGCCAUUCUUACAAAUUUUACACAAGAUCAUCUUAGUUUUCAUAAAACGAUGGACAAUUAUCUACAAGUAAAGUUAUUAUUAUUUUCAAAAUAUUUAUCAAGAUCUUUAUCACCAAAAGCUAUCAUCAAUCAUGAUGAUCCAUCAUAUGAACAAUUUAUUAAUGCAUGCCCAUCAAAUGCUCAGGUAUAUACAUAUGGUCUAACAAACAAAAAUCAAAAUUCAUUUGUAGCCUAUAAUAUUAAAACUUCUAUAAAUGGUACAAAUUAUACAAUUUUACUACCAUCAGGAGAAACACAAUGUGUUCAUUUAACUAUACAUGGCGAAUUCAAUGUUUACAAUUCUCUAGCUUGUAUAGCUACUUGUCUUACUACUUAUUCCCAUUUGUUAACAUUAGAUCAAAUUAUUCAAUCAUUAGAAAGUUUCCAUUGUGCUAAAGCUCGAUUCGAAUUUCUUAUACGUCAUAGACCCUUCUCAGUUGUAGUUGAUUAUGCACAUACCCCUGAUGCUUUAGAAAAAGUAAUCAAGUGCGGACGACAAAUAUUGUUAGAAUCGGAUGAAAAUGGUCGAUUGAUUAUUGUCUUUGGCUGUAACGGAAGAGGAGAUCGAUUGAAACGACCAUUAAUGGGGCGCAUCGCCGAUGAAUAUGCUGAUAUAAUAAUAGUAACAUCAGGAAAUCCUCGACAAGAGCAUCCACACAGAAUAAUUGAUGAAAUUUUAUCUGAAAUUCAACAAAAACCAGACCAAAAUCGAUUAUACGUUGAAUUAGAUCGAAAAAAGGCGAUAUGUUUAGCUAUGGAUUUAGCUAAAGGUAAAAACGAUUUGAUAAUAAUUGCUGGCAAAGGACAUGAAACAACACAAGCACUCGCUGAUCAUGUUAUUCAAUUCGACGAAAAAGAAAUCGUACAAGAUAAAUAUAAGCAAAUGAUGCAGAACGAUGUCUUAUCGAUGUAA